AUGGUUGAUCAUAAGGACAUAGAAACUGCUCAAGUUAAGGUCAUAAAGACUGCAUUGCGAAAGGGCAAAAAGUAUGAUAAUAUUGCGAAAAACUAUGGAGGCUAUCUAAAGAAAUUGCGAGCUGAAAAGGAACCAAAUGAAUAUAUUAAGACGCUCGCAGUCAAGAUGUUUCCCAAUGAAGAGGCAUACACUAUAAGGCUAGAAAAUUAUCGCAAAAGGUAUCUAGACAAUGAUCUGUGUGCCAGUCUUGUAUAUGCGCUUUAUUAUCAAAUAGCCAAGGAGGAGAAUCGUGAAAGAUCGGAUGAAGAAAUUGGCACGAGAGUUGGAGUUUGUGAUUGUCCUUCGAGCCCGUAUGAAUGGAAUAACGAAGAGAAUCCUGGAUUUAUACCAGAAUGGGAUGACUGGGAGGAACUUUUUGCGACAUCAAAACCUAUUGGAAGACAAAGGCAAUCAGGCAUUGGAGAAAAGAAAACUCUUGAGAAAUUUGUAUAUAGUCUAUCCAGUGAACUUCGAUUGGAAAUAUGGCCAGAUGGUAUUAAUAUAGAUGACCGAAGGAAGAUUAAGGUAGGUGAUAAUGCAGAUGAUCUAGAUAAGUUCCGAUGUGGGUUAUUGCUUCAAGACAAAGACUCGAUAGUGGAUUACUAUUCGAAUGUAAAGAGAUGUAAUGAUUCGUCAAUCUCUGUGAAAAACAUCUCAGAAGAGAAUUCAUUAGAGGAUUAUCACAAGAAAAUAGUCAAAUUACAAGAAUCUACAAAUUUAACAAUGUCAAAUUUUCAUCGUCCAGCUUUUGAAAACCAUUCACUUAUUAUUCCAUCGCCUGACAUAAUUUCUCCUCCAUCUUCUAUUUCAAUUGAUACUAGUUUACUUUCUGCUCCUCACUCACCUUCAACUAGUAGUGAUACUGCUAGUUGUUCUUCUAAUUGUACUUCACCAACUGUUAGUGAUAAUGAAGAAGAUUUUAUCAUAUAG